CGUUUGUGGGCGGAGCUUGUGGUGGAACCAAGAAGGUCUCACGGCUUGUAUGCAGACCAAACAACGGAACACGUCGACGCUGUUCUUGUUAUAUUUAAGCCUGAGCCUCUAGCGGCUUUUGUGGCGUCUCCACGGGAAGAACCUCGGCGAUUUCAGCGAGGGAAACGCCCGCGAAGCCUCCUCACCGCCGCCGCCAUGUCCAGCCGCCUGGCCUUCCAGACCCAACUGGCCUCCAUCAUGGAGGUGCUCGCUAACGCUGCCGUGGCGGAGAUCUGUAAGCUGGUGGACGACGACUACGCCGUGGUGAGUUUACAGAUGUCCCAGUGUCAGCGAGAGAACAAGGCCCUGAAGAGGAAGCUUCACCUGCUGGAGCUGAAGAUGGCGAGGGGAGCCGCCGAGAGGAGGCUCCGCGACAGCGCCGCCAACAGCAGCCGACCGAGGGUGCAGAUCCGGGAGUCCUCGUCUUCCACCGGUGGCGCGUUUGAGCGACAGAUGACCAUGUCGCUGUGGUCGUCGGGUGGAGCCGCCGCAGGAGACGUAGCCAACCAGCCCAUUCACUCAGACGACAUGCAGUGCAAGUCUCCAGAUGUCCAGCUGGUGGAGCCAGAGCAGCUGCUGGUGAAGGAGGAGUGCGUGGAAGCAAACAAAGUGGAGGAGAUGGAGGAGGACGUGUCGCUUAUCAGAGACGACGGAGUGCUGGAGCGAAUCCAUCGUGGAGCCUCUGGACAGAGAGCCAGCCUCGAGCAGGAUGCUCAGUCCCAGUCCCAGACCCAGACCAGCAGGACGAGGCCUCCCGCCCGCAGCAGCAGAGGAGCGGAGAAAGAGGAGGAGCCAGAUGUGGUGCUGGUGAAGGUGGAGGAGGCGGAGCCGGUGACGGGUACUGACGACUUGAUGGGCCUCAGCAUUCAGGAGGGUUCUCACUCAGUGUCCUUCUCUUUGGGUCCAGGUUUGGUGGAGUCGAGUACGGAUGACUACAGAGGAGCGCUAGCGGUCGAUGAAGCCACACCAGCCCCCAUUAAUCAUCUGUCUGAGCUGCAGGAGUCUGAUGGCAGCUUCUCAGAGUCGGCUCCCGUGAUGUCCGAAGAUUCCAGCAGCGUGGUCGCAGUCCAGCUGCAUGUUCCCGACACCAACACGCCCGCCAACCCCAGCGCACAACAACAACAACAGCAACCAGUGGCGCAGAGAUCCGAGUACUCCCUGUUUGAGUUGGAGACGUUCUUCACGCGCUGGGCUCCUGACGUUGACUCCGCGUCACCGUCCACUGGCCCGUCGUGCUCCUUCAGCACCGAUGACUCGGCAGAUUGCGACCCGGAUGAAGUCACUAUCGUAGAAACCGAGCCGCCAGGUUCGUCAGCGGGGGCGGCGAUGGGUGUGUCCUCUGCGGCCGUCGCGUCCACGGCUCACGUCCAGCCGACUGAACCACGAGCAGGUGCAUCUGCGUCCGUACAUGUUAGGAUGCAGGUGCCGUCUUCCCAGUGUCCAUGGAGCAGAAGAACAGCCAUGAUGAGGAGGCAGCAGCAGCAGCACAGUCGCCCGUCUGCACCGUCCUCCAGUGCUAACAGCAUCGGCGAUAAACCAAACGUAUCUUUGCCAGCCGGAGGAUCCCCUGGCAUCGCCGCGCAUCAUCGAGCCGCCUUCCUGGCUCACCACAGUGAAAGCCAGGCGGCCGACAUCGCGUUCAACGACCGCCGCAGGAAGAACUACGUCUGCCGAGCCUGCGGCAAAGCGUUCCCGGGCCUCUCCAACCUGGAGGCUCACGAGAGAGUCCACACGGGGGAGAAGCCGUUCCGCUGCAACACCUGCGGCAAACACUUCUCCGAGGCCGGCAACCUGAAGAAGCACCAGAGGGUUCACACCGGGGAGAAACCCUUCAGCUGCAACCAGUGCGGGAAGAGAUUUGCCUGGAUCUGCAACCUGCGGACGCACCAGCAGUCUGCCACAGGCUGCGGUCCACAGAUCGGGGGAGGCUUAGGACUGAGCUGAUCAUGCACAGUACACUGUUUCCUGAUAUUUCGAGUCUUUGGUGGAAAAACUGUGCGACUGUCAGCGCCUGUUUUUCCCACGUUGACCGGCCCCCGAGAAGACUAAUGUUACCUUCAUGAAGCUAACAUUGGUCGGAAAGUUGUGUGGUGAGGCUCCACACAACAAAACCUGUUUACAGGCUCUUGUACAUCCAAUAAACUGGUCCACCGUUAUUCCCAGACAUGGAGGACAGAUGUCUCCGGUUUGCUUCAGAGAACCCCGCAAUAACGACCGUUGCUGACGACAGUGAUAUACAGUGUCAAUAUGUUGCCUUUGUGGUGACGUGUCUUGUUCUUGUCGGGAUGUCCCAUUCUGUAAGGGUAGACUUUAACUACCCGUACUAACUCAGUUCCAAGUGGUAAGGGGUGAAAUGGGAUUGGCCCUUUAGGUCAUUAGCUACAAACCAUGUGUUCUCUAGGGCUGGACCCACAUAUUUUGUACAAGUAGUCCUUUUUUUUUAAAAAUUCUGGUUUUAGUUUUUAACAAUUUGGUGAAGAACGGCAUUUGCUUACGAUGGUAGUUCCCAGAGUUCUAGGCCUCACCUUGGAAUGUUGGGAAAACCCUCGUUUUGGGGCAAAACUGUGUAUUAGGGACGUAACGAUCCCGAUCUCAAUGAGACGAUCUGGGAACUUUGCAACUGGUAGCGGAUCGGCGGUCACCCAUGACCCUGAAAACAAACUCCAGCUUCAGGGGGUUUUUCACGAUCGUGCCAACUGUCGGCUGCUGUAUUAGCACAGAGCAGGUUCUUCUCCUGCUUUGAUCGUUUGUGCAGUUGCACGUCGAGUUAAAUUCCCUGUAAAGCAAACGCACAAAACUGACAAACCUUGGGUGUCCAACUUGGAAACCUCACGUACACAUAUCCCCCCUUCCGAAUUAGGAUUCCAAGAUGGAAUUCCACUUCUGUCGCAUUAACUCCACAGUAAAUCAGUCAUACGCGUAGUACAGUUUUAUUCUUAACCGUAGACAAGUUGCGACACUUUGUGUGCGCAAAUAACCGCGUUGUUAUCGACUGGCAUUGCCAGCGAUAGCCAAUCAUCGCUAGGCCUGAGAUACAGUACGUUUGAGUUUCCGACUUCUCAACUGGAACGCAGUGAACUCAAGGUCCCAGAUCCGACUUCAGAGUUCUGAUAUAAAUGGAACGCAGCACGAAUUCGGUUGUUGGUGUCUGUUGUGCCAAAGAGUUAAUUUUCUCUUUGCUCCGCUUGACCAUGGGCGUGGCUUAUCUCAGGGGUUUUUUUUCCCUUUGUAGAAGAGAAGUGUGAGGCCUCCAGCUCCUGGUAAAAAAAACGCUUUCAUUUCUGGACGGUUUCAAACACGGAAUUAAGGAAUAGUAUGAAUUAAAACACAGAAGUUAAAACAUGGCAUUGGUCCUGUCCUCGUGUGUGUUCUUUUAAAAUUUGUUAUAAGGAUUUGUUUUCCACCUCUC